AUGUCUCUCGGAAAAACUGCAAAGCUCAACACUGGUGCCUCCAUCCCUACAUUGGGCUUUGGAACAUGGCAAGCAGAGCCCGGUCAGGUCGAGGCUGCCGUCUACGAGGCCCUCAAGGCGGGCUACAAGCACAUUGAUUUCGCCAAGGUCUACGGCAACCAGAAGGAGAUUGCGAAUGCUCUCAAGCGGGCGUUCAGCGAGCUCGGCAUCAAGCGCGAGGACCUCUUCCUUGUUUCCAAGCUCUGGAACUCCCAGCACCGCCCCGAGCACGUUGCCGCAGCGCUCGACGACUGCCUGGCUGAGCUCGGCCUCGACUACCUAGACCUCUACCUUGUCCACUUCCCCGUUGCCUUCGACGAGCGCGGCGACGUCAACCAGAACCUGUUCCCCCUGCAGGACAAGUCUGACCACCCUGAUGGCGACGUCAAGAUGCUCGACGACAUCUCCAUCGUCGACACCUGGAAGGCGAUGACCAAAUUGCCCAAGGAGAAGGCUCGCGCCGUCGGUGUCUCAAACCACACCAAGGAGCACCUCCAAGCGCUCAUUGACGCCACUGGUGUUACCCCCGCUGCCAACCAAAUCGAGCGCCACCCGCGUCUCCUCCAGCCAGAGCUCAUCAAGUACUGCGCGGAGAAGGGCAUCCACGUCACCGAGUACUCUGCCUUCGGUAACAACAUGAUCGGCGAGCCCCUUCUCGUCCAGCACGACACCAUCAAGGCCAUUGCCGAAGCCAACAAGGCGACCCCCGCACAGGUCAUCCUCGCGUGGGCGCAGGUCGGCGGCCACUCGGUCAUUCCCAAGUCCGUCACCGCAUCGCGCAUCCAGGAGAACUUCAAGGAGAUUGAGCUGUCCAAAGAGGACUUUGAAAAGGUCGAGGAGAUUGGCAAGAAGUCGCCGCGCCGCUUCAACAUCCCGUACAUCGCCAACAAGCCCAGGUGGCCCGUCAACAUCUUCGGCGAGCCCGAGGAGAAGGACGCGCCGCACAAGGUCAUUGUCUAG